UGAGCGCGCGGAUGAAGACAGCGAUGAAGAAGUGACGGUCCACUUCUACCAGUCUGGAAAUGGACUGCAACGAGAGCCAGAUAACAGAGUCACAUGCUUCAGAAUCAUGGGGACUCUGAUCCUGCUGGGCGUUGCAUUGACGUUCAUGGUCUUCGAGGGGAGUGGACGUUGGACGGAUUCUGAAGAACUUGACGAUGAGGAUCACCAUCAUGAAGCUGAGCACCAAGGAGCUGAAGAUGAUCACCACCAUUCCCAUGGGCAUGCAUCACUCUACCACCAUGCUGUUGUUCUGACUUCCUCAGAUAACUGCUCCAGGGUUGGUAGGGGGCUUCUGGAGGAGGGAGGAAACGUGGUGGAUGCUGCUAUUGCUUCUUUGCUCUGCCUAGGAGUCGUCCACCCACACACUGCGGGUGUAGGUGGCAUGUUCUCAGCCAUCCUAUACAACAGCACAUCUGGAUCACUUGAGGCAAUACGUUCCACUGCACCCCAAGCACCCUCGUCGACUUACGGCAUCCCAUCGAUACUGCAAGGCAUCAAGGAGCUACAUUCACUUCGCGGCCGUUCCGGAUGGACCCGACUCUUCAAGGAAGCCAUAACGUCAGCCAAGGAAGGCUUCGUCGUCGACGAAAUCCUCGGCGAAGCCUUGGAAAGCCACAAGGCCAAAAUAAUCGCGUCCGAACUGUGCACUCUGUUCUGCGAUGCCGAUGGCCGCGUGAAAUCGGUGGGCGCGAUCGUUAAAAACCAAAAGCUUUCGGAGUGUUUGCGGAGUGCCAGCCUGGACAAGUACCGUUUUCUCGACAAGCUGGCUGUGAAAUUGUCUGAAGACCUUUCUCCAGACGAGAGGCCGGCCUUCCUGAGUGCCAUCCGGCGCGGUCGCGGGGAAAUCAACGACCCCCUUAUCGUUAAGGAGGAGAAAUACACUGUCCUUUCAGCCGAUUUGGCGUUCGCGGGUCAGAUUUUAUCUGAUAUAUUAGAGCGAAUCAGACGGCAAAGCUUCUCCUUUCAGAAUGAUGUCGAUUCUAACUCCACCGCCUCCUAUACUAACCUUUUAAACGUAAUUCUGGAACUUGAAGAUAAGUUCCAAGCUGAGGAUAAACUCAGGACCACGGACUUAUUCCAUAAUACACACAACGGUCUUAUCGGUGUGCUGGAUAAUCAUGGCAAUGUUGUCGUCAUGUCAGCUUCACUCAACAAUACAUGGGGAUCUGGACGAUUUCUGCCAUCUACUGGAAUCCUCCUCAGCAGCUUCACUGCGAACAUCUCAGACCUGCCGUACUUCAAUUUUCCAUUGGUUAUUAAGAUCACUGACGAUGAUGACGAUGGGGAAGACGACGAUGUUGAAAUUGUUGCCGUCACUGGAGGACUUUCUGGCUUAUUUAAUGCCGCUUUUCUAUUGCACAACAGGAUUGACCUAGAGAUGAGUUCUAAAGAGGCCAUUAGUAGACCUCUCCUUCAUCUGGACCAUGGAAACUCUUCAGCCGUUUGUUUAUCUUCCCUUAUAAAUGGCUCUGACGUUUACAGACUCUUCUCAGAGAGACAGAACGAGCUCCUGAAUGUAGACGUCUGCUCGGAUCAUUCCAUGUCUAUGGUUCUGCGGUUACAUGCAGAACAUGUCAGAGCAUACGCAGUCCCGGUUACUAAUUCUCAAACUGAUGGGUACUGAAAGAAGCGCACAGGUAGAUUUUUAGAAGUGUAAUUUAUUGUGGUGUAACUUUUUGUCUGGCAGCGAAAUGCUAUUAUGUUUGAUGACGGCCUAAGCUAAGAAGGUUUGCUUAAAUCAGUCAUUAAUUUAGUGCACAUGCAGAGAUUGGUGUUACUGAAUUCCCAGUAGAAAGGAAUACUCAAUUAAGAGUGAAGAAGUAUCUGGGGAACAACUAAGUUCACGGAAUUUACAACCCCAGAUCAGAAAAAGUUGGGACAGCAUGGAAAAUGCAAAUAAUAAAAAAAAAAAAACA